UCUUUCCCCAACAAAGGUGGCCAGAGGCGGAGGAGGAGAGGAGGGGGCGUCCAGAACAGAGGUGUCCCCUGUCUUCAGACACCUGCUGCUGGCUAGCCGCUGACAUCGAGGACACUGUAUGACUGUGUCCGUGCAUGAGUGCGCGUGUGUGAAUCUGAAUGAAUGAGAGACGGAGGGAAAGAGGAGGAAUUUCAGACUGACCCACGCUUUUCUGUUGACGUGGAGGACCGGGACCAUCUCCCCUCAAAUCUUCUGACUGCGGACGAGGAAGGCACUCCACAUCGGGAGAUCUCCCACCGCUCAUGCCCCUGCUCUCCUCUCUGAGGGAUGGGCACUACAGAGGCAACUCUACGAAUGGAGAACAUGGAAGUAAAAGACGAGUGGCAGGAUGAAGACUUCCCCAGACCACUACCAGAGUACGGAGACAUGGAUCCCACCUGUGGCCUCACGGAUGACAGAACCUCUCCUCCUAACUCCCUGAAUGUGAGCUCACCUGGAGGAGGAGGUGGCGGCGUGUCCUCAUCCCACCGGAAGAGGCGUACGUUGAUUGCCCCGGAGAUGAACCUGUCCCUGGAUCAAAGUGAAGGGUCUUUGCUGUCAGAUGACUUCCUGGACACACCGGAUGACCUGGACAUAAACGUCGAUGACAUUGACACGCCAGAUGAAACGGACUCACUGGAGUUCAUCACGAAUGGCAAUGACCUGGAGUGGGAAGAUGACACACCGGUGGCCUCGGCGAAAGCAAACCCUGCUGACGGAUCAGGAGAAGUGGGCGCUGAUGGGAAUCCCAACAACGGACGCCUCUGGAGAACAGUGAUCAUCGGCGAACAGGAACAUCGUAUCGACAUGCAGGUCAUCAGACCUUACCUUCGAGUCAUCACACACGGAGGUUAUUACGGUGAAGGCCUGAAUGCCAUCAUUGUGUUUUCCGCAUGUUACCUGCCUGACAGCAGCUGUCCAGAUUACCACUACAUCAUGGAAAACCUCUUCCUGUAUGUGGUGAGCAGUCUGGAGAUGCUUGUGGCCGAGGAUUACCUGAUUAUUUACAUGAAUGGAGCAACUCCUCGGAGUAGGAUGCCUGGCAUCAGCUGGCUGAAGAAAUGCUACCAAAUGAUUGACAGAAGAUUGAGGAAGAACCUGAAGUCUCUAGUGAUUGCUCAUCCCACAUGGUUUAUACGCACCGUCCUGGCUAUAUCGAGGCCUUUUAUCAGUGUGAAGUUCAUGAAUAAGAUCCAAUAUGUCCACAGCCUGGAUGAACUGGCAGAAAUUGUCCCCAUGGAGCAUGUCCAUGUCCCCGAGUGUGUGGUUCAAUUUGACGAGGAGAGGAUUAAAGCCCGGAGGGAAAGGAUGGAGCAGGAGCAGAGGCAACAGGAGCAACAGUCAGUCCCACAGGAGCCAGUGAAAAAGUCUGAGAGGCCAAAGUCAAUGAUUGUAGGUCAAGGAUUCUGAAAAGGACAGAGAUUUGAAGGGUGUAGCCGAAGUGGAGCAUGAAACCUCUGAUUUCUAUCUGUGAGAAGCAGAGGCCCAGCACGCCUACACAUGCUUCCUUAUUUAUCAUCAUCCAGCUGACGAUUUGUGCCGUCACUUUCUGAUCAAAAAGAUGAAUGCUCCGUCCCAUAAAUAAUAACUCCAUAUGGCACUGGGACCUCAUUCACCCUGUCUCCCAGACGGUUUUAUUCCCACACUUGAAAAUGUAUAAAUGAAGUCAUUACUUUUUUUAUACUUGAAACUGUAGCUUCAUUCAUUCAUUCUUUAAUAUGCUGCUGUAUAGGAACUGUUAUGUAGCUGAUAGGGAAAUUAUAUCAUUAUAAUGAGGCUCCUUGCUUUUUCAUGGUCAAGUCAGAGAUUACAGGCUUGAAAAAUCAUCAAGAUUACAUGAAAAUUAUGACAAUUUAAAAAUACAACUAACUGAAUCUUUACUAGAGCUCCUUCACUUAAGAUCUGGGUCAAAAUGAGACCACUGGAACAAACUGGUUUCAUGUUUAUAUUCAUGCUGGUUCAUGUGAAUGUCAUGUGCGUCAGAUGUAGAUAACAAGGCUGUUCUAAUGUGUCAGAUGCCUUUAUUUGAUGAUUUUUUUUUACCUCAUAACUGCUGUAUCAUAAGGCCUUUUGAAGCACUCUCAUAUGCUGUUGUGACAUUUUUAAAAUGUCAAAAUGUACUAACAUUCACUGGUGUGGGGAUCCUUUUGCUCUGUGAAGUUUCCUUUAUACCCCUCCACCUGUAACUGUACCUGGUGUAAUUAUGUGCCUCAGUCAUCUUGAGUGUAAAAAAAAAAAAAAAGCAGGAACAUGACCACUUACUGCAGUUUGUGAUGCAUAUUAGAAAAUCUACAUAGGUUGUAAAAUGUGUAUAGGUAAGUUUAAGCAAUAUCUGUUUAUUUUGUGUACCAUGGUCUUAUAAACACUCUUCAUGCAACAUUAAAUGCUUUAUAUUUAGAUAA